CCACCCUCUAGGGCUCUCCGUAGGGCUUUUUGUAGAUUCUAUUUUAAGGUCUUCUCUGUCCCACUAAGCCCUUCUAGACACGUAGGAGUCUGCCUUACGCCAAGAUGAAGGCCGUCAGGCAGCAACACGAUAACACAUGACAGGUUGGAAGCCAUUAUCUCUAAUCCACUCAACUCCACUCCGUUCACCUCAGCCUUUGGCACUCGAACUGAACCUAUAUUUAAACUCCAUAGCAAUACCCAAGUCUCACAAUGGGGAAACCGUUACCAAGUUCCGAUCCUGACGACCUCCCUCCUCCUUAUGAACAAGUCAUCUCAGGGCUACCUCCAGACAGCAUUGAUGACAACCCACUUCCUCUAGCUGGACCUUCCACAUCAUCUCCCAUUACCAACGAUCAAACGCAGGUCAGUAUCGCAUCCGAAACCGCAGAGCGACCGGCCAUGACCCUAUCGCCGUUCUUAAGCCGCGACCCCGCCGCUCUCCAUAGCCUUAUCAGCCAUGAGGUCCGCAUUCCUCCGCGACCGAGCCUGAGUGUCCGCGGUGCACACCAAGAGACCCGCCCCGACCGAAACGAUCGCAAGGAGAAUCGCACGGAGUCUGUGGUGGAUUUUGACUUUCGGAUCAAUCUGUCCAACUACUUGGUUGGCGAUGUAGACCGCGAUCCAGCCUGGCAUCAGUUGCGCGUGGCGCAGGACGGGGACGGACAGAAGCUCUACCGUGGCGGUCGAUGUCGGUCGCGUGAGUGGAAGCGGCACGCAAGGACGCGGGCUGUCAGGCGGCCGAGCAUCGAAGAUGGUACGGAUACCGAGAAUGUUGGACUUGUCGAGGACGAUGUAGGACCGGAUCUCAUGGGCUGGUGCGAGAGAUUCUGCCAGGAUCCUUCUCCAGUUAAAUCUUUUACCUUCACCCGCCACAUUGAAAACUUCAACUCGUCCAUUAUACAGUCCUCUUUGACAUCCCAUCUCCGCUCGCUCAAUUACCAGGGCAAUAUCCAGAUCUCCACAUCUUUCUCAAACCAAUCGUUUACGGUCUACUCUCCGCAUUGGAUCAACCGCGCCCGCAAUAGCAAUUUCAUCUACUGGAUCUGUCUUAUCCUUCAACUGUGGCUGAUCACUUGGCCGAUCAUCUGGUUCCUCGAACGUCGGUAUGCUGUCGUUGGGUCCGUGUGGCUGUUUUCCCGGGAGGUCGGAUCUCAGCGGGUCUACGCACGCGAUCGAGACGAGGCAGAUAUCGCAGAGGAUCUUGCCCCGGUGGUCACCCAGGCGGCAUGGGAGCGACGAUUAGAUGGGAAAUUCCUGACAGACCAGGACAUGCGCCUUCUUCGACGGCUUGAGCGAGAGGGUCGAGAUCGUGGCGGACGGGUCUUGGUAGUGAACUGGGAUCGGAUCAGUGGAUGGGGGCGUGAUGAGUAUUCUUGAAGCGACCGUCUUCCUUGGCUUGGAGGAUUAUACGAACGAAUGGUUUUCGAUAAACAUGGAAUAGCCGCUGUAACCGGUUGAGCAAGCUCGCAUAAACGUUCUUUCAUCUGAUAGCAAUUAUGAGCAAUUCAUGAUCCAAUAUCAGUCUGGUCUAUGCGACGUAUGACUGGACGAUAAGGAACCGCAGCCUAUGAGGCCAUGCAUCGCAUAUACAUGAAUCUUGCACCUCUCAUGGGUUAGAGAUAUCACCCUGGAGCAGUAACCGGCAUCUCCUACACUACCGGGCCGCUAUCACUGAACAUCUGUGUUUUAUCUCUCCUGGCAGUUGUCGGUGUGAUCUCUACCAUUGGUCCACAGGCGACAGGAUUCCCGAAAACGGCAACUAAUGCAGGUCUGAGCCUUAAGCGAGGGGUGUCCAUGUGCAAGUGUCCGUUCCAUGACGGUUCCUGAUAACCAUGCUUACAGUGUUCCGGACCGGUGUCCGGACCGGUGAAUUAAGAUUUUUAAACUAAUCCGGGGCAAUAGAUUGUGGCGUUUCAAUGAGGGAUUAUCAUGCAGACGGUAGGGCUAGAGUAGUUAAUAUCGGUAGAGCUGUGGUUGCCCCCGGGGGUAUGUUUCUUCAUCUCUGGAAUGGCAAUCCACCUAGGGUGACCCAUGAAUGAAAACAAGAAACUGUCAU